GGCGGUUGUGCCAGUCCAACUUCCCGUGUGCUGGAGCGGCAGCGUGCCCUGCUGUGGAGUCAGACGUGCUCUAUAACGGGUACCCAGAGGAAGCGGGGGUUAGAGAUAGGCUCUCACUGUGGAAACCUUUGGUGCUGCUGAUACCUCUCCGCCUUGGGCUCACAGAGAUCAAUGAAGCCUAUAUUGAAACACUAAAGCACUGCUUCAUGAUGCCCCAGUCCCUGGGAGUGAUCGGAGGGAAACCAAACAGUGCACACUACUUCAUUGGCUAUGUAGGUGAGGAACUCAUUUACCUGGAUCCCCACACGACGCAGCCUGCCGUGGAGCCCAGUGACAGCGGCUGUCUCCCCGAUGAAAGCUUCCACUGCCAGCACCCUCCCUGCCGAAUGAGCAUUGCCGAGCUCGACCCCUCCAUCGCGGUGGGCUUUUUCUGCAACGCAGAGGAGGACUUCAAUGAUUGGUGCCAGCAAAUCAAAAAGCUGUCCCUGGUAAGAGGAGCGCUGCCAAUGUUCGAACUGGUCGAACGCCAGCCGUCGCAUUUCUCCAACCCUGAUGUCCUGAAUCUCACACCAGACUCCUCUGACGCCGACAGAUUGGAAAGGUUCUUUGACUCAGAAGAUGAAGACUUCGAAAUCUUGUCCCUUUGAAAACAAAUAGGAAACUGACUGCAAACUUGUGUUUAUGUGUGGGGAGAAGGGGGGGAGGGAAGCUCCUUCGAGAGCCUGGGGCUACCGGUUUUCAUAGGCGCUUGCUGCCAUCCCCGCCUCUUGUCCAUCCUGGCAUUCUGUGCAGCCUCUGAGCGGAGCGCGCAUUGUCUGCGUUGGGAUGAAGAACCAAGCGGGUGUUACAGCCUUACUGGCUGGAGUCGGAAUUUCUCAGCAGAAAACAGUUGCUGGAAGUGGAUGCAGUGGUGCUUAGGAAUUCAAAGCCUAUCUGUUACAUCAGCAGGUCAGUUGGCCUUCUGGGGGAAGCGUAGAAAUCGUUAGAGUGCUAAAUCCUUGCAGGGGGCCUCUCCUCUGAAGCUUAAAUAGAGCCACCCGUCACCUAGCAGGUGAAACGUAGAGUUAAUUCCUUCAGCACCGUGGCCGAUGUGGACUGCAGCUCACAGCGCAGAUGAACAGCAG